AUGAAGUACGUUUUGGUUUCCGGAGGUGUCAUCUCCGGCGUCGGUAAAGGUAUCAUUGCCAGCAGCUGCGGUUUGCUGUUGAAGACUGCCGGUCUGGCUGUUUCCAGCAUUAAGAUUGAUCCUUAUCUCAAUCUCGACGCGGGUCUUAUGAACCCCUUGGAACACGGAGAGUGUUUCGUUCUAGAUGACGGUGGUGAAGCGGAUCUCGACCUUGGAAACUAUGAGCGCUAUCUCGGUGUCACCCUCGGACGGGACAACAACAUCACGACCGGCAAGAUCUACCAGCACGUUAUUGAUAAGGAGCGUCGGGGUGAUUACCUUGGAAAGACAGUCCAGAUCGUUCCCCACCUGACCAACGAAAUCCAAAACUGGGUUGAAAGAGUCGCCAAGGUUCCCGUUGAUGAGUCCGGAAGAGAACCCGACGUUUGCAUCAGUCAUGUUACUAACCAUUUUGCAGUUGAGUUGGGCGGAACUGUCGGAGACAUCGAAAGUGCACCCUUCGUCGAGGCCAUGAGCCAGCUCCAGAGACGCGCUGGAAAGAACAACCUCCUCACCAUCCACGUCAGCUACGUUCCCUUGAUCGGCUCGGAACAAAAGACCAAGCCUACCCAAAGAGCUAUUAGCGACGUCCGCAGUGCUGGUCUCAGACCGGAUCUGAUCGCCUGCCGCUGUGAGACUCCUCUUGAGGAGAGCACCAUUCAGAAGCUCGCCAAUGCCUGUCAAGUGGAGCGCGAUCAGGUUGUUGGAGUUCACAACGUUUCUACGACAUACCAGGUUCCCAUCCUUUUGGAGCAGCAGGGCUUCCUCAACACCAUCAAGGACAUCCUUCAGAUCGACACUACCAAGAAGGAGCCUAAGUACCUCGAACACGGCAAGGUCAUCUGGCAGGAGUGGCAGGGUCUGGCUAUUAGCCAAGACCACAUCUUUGAGACUGUGUCCAUCGCCCUGGUUGGCAAGUACACCAGUCUCCACGACUCUUACAUGAGUGUGAGCAAGGCGCUGGAACAUUCGGCCAUGCACUGCAAGAAGAAGCUGAACUUGAUCUGGGUUGAAUCCACUCAUUUGGAAGAGGAGCACAAGACUGCCAACCCGGCCGAAUAUUACAAGGCGUGGCACUCUGUGUCCACCGCCAACGGUAUCCUUGUUCCGGGUGGUUUCGGUGAGCGUGGAACCGAAGGUAUGAUCAAGAGUGCCCAGUGGGCCCGUACCAACAACGUUCCCUACCUCGGUGUCUGCCUCGGUAUGCAACUCGCCGUCGUCGAGUUUGCUCGCAACGUCUGUGGUAUGACCAAGGCUGGAAGUGCCGAAUUCCACGAACAGUGCGAGGAGCCCGUCAUCAUUUACAUGCCCGAGAUCGACAAGGCCCAGAUGGGUGGCAACAUGAGACUUGGAAAGCGGCCAACCUCCUUCCAGCCCGGCACCGAAUGGUCUCGCCUGCGAAAGCUGUACGGUGAGAAGCAGGAGGUGUGGGAGAGACACCGUCACCGCUACGAAGUCAACCCCGAGAUGGUCGAAGAAUUGGAGAACGGCGGUCUCACCUUCGUCGGAAAGGACGAAACCGGCAAGCGUAUGGAGAUUAUCGAACUCAAGGACCACAAGUGGUUCGUCGGUGUGCAGUUCCACCCCGAGUACCUCAGUCGUGUCCUUGCGCCCAGCAAGACCUUCCUUGGUUUCUUCGCUGCCGCUGCCGGCUGUCUCGAAGAGAUGACCGAGCUGUUCAAGGACCGUCACGAUCUCAGCCACCGGGAGGUCGUUCUCCCUGCCCACUCGGCCUAG